CGAAUUACUCCAUCACGGACUGGACCCAAAAAGAACUACCUCUCUUCUGAUUGGACUGUCCACGCCGUCAGCCCAUGUGGCGUGGCCUCGCUGUGUGUGAGACAUUUAAAUUCUCCGGUGGAAAAAAAAGCACUGAAUCACUGAAGCGCAGGGAGCCGAGCUCAGGACAGUUGACGGCAGACAGAGGAAGCACGUUUCUCGCUCAUUUUCUAUCCUCCCUACUCCCUCCCUCCCUAGGGGUGAAGUUAAGAAAAAACAUCAUCGCGGUGCUUGUGUCGCAGUUCGACUUAACGGAAAUAACGUGACAGUACAUGUCUGAUCCGCGUGGACGCUUCAGCUCAUCGUGACUUAGCACCGACAUCACAGACACCGGUAAAACACAAGUUUUUCAACAUGGAUGAAAUAGUUGUCUCCGGCAUAUCAGGCCGUCUGCCUGAGUCCAACAAUCUGGAGGAAUUUUGGGAAAACCUUAUAAAUGGCGUAGACAUGGUGACAGAAGAUGACCGGCGUUGGACGCCAGGUUUGUACGGUCUUCCAAAGAGGAACGGUAAGCUGAAAGACAUCAGUCAUUUUGAUGCAGCCUUCUUCGGAGUUCACCCAAAACAGGCCAACACGAUGGACCCACAGCUCCGCCUACUGCUGGAAAUUGCCUAUGAAGCUAUUGUAGAUGGAGGACUGAACCCAGCCUCACUGCGUGGCAGUAAGACGGGUGUUUAUAUUGGGGUGAGCGGCUCUGAAGCCUCUGAAGCGUUCAGUCGUGAUCCAGAAGAGCUGCUGGGCUACAGCAUGACGGGCUGCCAGCGGGCCAUGUUGGCCAACAGGUUAUCCUACUUCUUUGACUUCAGUGGUCCCAGCACUGCCAUUGACACUGCCUGCUCCUCCAGUUUACUGGCUUUAGAAAACGCCUUCCACGCCAUACGCCAGGGCCAGUGUGAUGCUGCCCUUGUGGGGGGGGUUAAUUUGCUGCUCAAGCCAAACACCUCUGUACAGUUCAUGAAACUGGGCAUGCUCAGUCCUGAUGGAACCUGCAAAUCUUUUGAUUCAUCAGGUAAUGGAUAUUGUCGAUCUGAAGCAGCAGUGGUCGUGUUGCUGACAAAACGAUCAGUAGCCAGAAGGGUCUACGCCACAGUGGUGAAUGCUGGCAACAACACAGACGGCUACAAAGAGCAGGGUGUGACGUUUCCUUCAGGUGAGAUGCAGCAGCGGCUGGUACGUUCUCUUUACCAGGAGGCAAACAUCUCUCCUGAGCAAGUGGAGUAUGUUGAAGCUCACGGUACUGGAACCAAGGUUGGAGACCCUCAGGAGGUCAAUGGCAUUGUUAGCGUCUUCUGUGAAACAAAGCGGGAGCCCCUGCUCAUUGGCUCCACCAAAUCCAACAUGGGCCACCCUGAACCAGCAUCUGGUCUGGCCGCCCUCGCAAAGGUGAUACUUUCUCUAGAGCGAGGAGUCUGGGCCCCCAACUUACACUUCAACAAUCCCAACACCGACAUCCCUGCACUCACAGAUGGCAGAGUUCAAGUUGUCGACCAGCCGACACCUGUUCGUGGAGGCAUUGUAGGAAUCAACUCUUUCGGAUUUGGCGGCUCAAAUGUUCAUAUAAUUCUUCGUCCAGCUGAGAAAGCAGCGGAUGCAGUGUCCACAGUGAGGACCGUUCCCAGGCUGCUGAAUGCCUGCGGUCGUACAGAGGAGGCGGUGAAGACACUGCUGCUACAGGGGAAGAAACAGGAAUCUGACGACAACUUCCUGUCUCUGCUCAACGAAAUCUCAGGAGCACCCACUGCUGGCAUGCCCUACAGAGGGUUCACCCUGGUGGGCUCCCAGAGUGACGUCACAGAAGUGCAGCAGGUGCAGGGGUCGACCAGGCCGCUCUGGUACGUCUGUACAGGCAUGGGAGCACAGUGGGCAGGAAUGGGACACACUCUAAUGCAGUUGGACGUCUUCAGGGAGUCCAUCCUGAGGUCAGACGCUGCCUUGAAGGACACCGGCCUGGUGGUCUCCAAACUUCUCAUGGAGGCCGACGAUGUCACAUUUGAAGAAACUGUUCAUGCCUUUGUGGGCAUCGCUGCUAUCCAGAUCGCUCUGAUCGACCUUCUGAAUACGCUGGGUCUGCAGCCCGACGGCAUCAUUGGACACUCGGUGGGUGAACUGGCCUGCAGCUAUGCUGACAGCUCCCUCAGCCACCGUGAAGCCAUCUUGGCUGCCUACUGGAGAGGCCGGUGCAUUAAGGAGGCCCAUCUGCCCCCAGGGGGCAUGGCUGCAGUUGGUUUGACCUGGGAGGAGUGUUUGACCAAGUGUCCUCAAGGGGUUGUGCCUGCGUGCCACAACGCUGAGAGCACCGUCACUGUCUCUGGUCCUCAGGAAGCAGUCGCUAACUUUGUGUCACAGCUGAAAGAGGAGGGAGUUUUUGCCAGAGAGGUGCGGACCUCAGGUGUGGCCUUCCAUUCUUACUACAUGGCUUCCAUCGCUCCGAGCCUGCUGGCUGCACUCAAGGAGGUCAUCACAGAGCCACAGCCACGUACCUCCCGUUGGAUCAGCACCAGCAUCCCCGAGACUCAGUGGGACUCCCCGUUGGCUCAGUACAGCUCAGCUGAGUAUCAUGUAAACAACCUGGUGAGCCCUGUGCUCUUUAAAGAGGGCCUCGGUCAGAUUCCUGAAAACGCCGUGGUGGUGGAGAUAGCACCGAACGCUCUGCUGCAGUCUGUCCUGAAGCGCAGCCUGAAGUCCACUUGUACCAUCCUGCCCUUGAUGAAGAAAGGAAACCCUAACAACCUGGAGUUCUGCCUGUCAAACUUAGGCAAAGUCCACAUGAAUGGCAUCAACAUGGAUGUCAAUGUCCUUGGCCCAGCCGUGAAGUACCCUGUGCCUGUUGGCACCCCAUCGAUCUCACCCUUCUUCUGCUGGGAUCAUGUCCAGACAUGGGAUGUCCCCAAGGUGGAGGACUUCCCCUGUGGCUCAGGAGGAUCCAGUUCUGCCACUGUCUACAACAUUGAUAUAAACCCAGAGUCACCUGACUACUACCUGACUGGGCACUGCAUUGACGGACGCGUCCUCUACCCGGCGACGGGAUACCUGGUCCUGGCGUGGCGAACUUUUGCCAGAAGUAUUGGAGCCGUCAUGGAGAACACCCCUGUGACAUUUGAGGACGUGGCCAUCCACAGAGCCACCAUCCUGCCAAAGACAGGCUCUGUCCAGUUGGAAGUACACCUCAUGCCUGCUACUAGAAGCUUUGAAAUUUCAGAGAAUGGAAACCUGGCUGUCAGUGGGAAGGUGAUGCCUUUAGAGGAUGCAGCCUUGGACUCCUUUCAUAGUCAGAUAAGUCGACAAGUCUCCAAUAGUAACUGCGACCCCAGAAUGAAACUCACAUCAUCAGAUGUUUAUAAGGAGCUGAGGCUGCGAGGCUAUGAAUACAGAAAGACCUUCCAAGGAAUUUUGGAAUCCAAUAAUGCAGGAGACAGUGGGAAGUUAUUGUGGACAGGAAACUGGGUGACCUUCCUGGACACCAUGCUGCAGAUGAUCGUGAUGGGAAUUUCAGGCCGAAGCCUGCGUCUGCCGACUAGAAUCCGCUCAGUGUGCAUCGAUCCGUCUCUUCACACAGAGAAGAUCUGCGAGUUUGUUGAUGAAAAUCAAGCUCUAGAUGUCCAUGUGGACCGUUGUCUCGACACCAUUGUUUCCGGUGGAGUCCAGAUUUCUGGUCUGCAUGCAACCGUUGCACGCCGUCGGGACAAUCAGCAGAACAAGCCCACGCUGGAGGAAUUUGUUUUUGUUCCUUAUGUUGAGACGGAGUGCUUGACAAACAAUGGAAAACUUGCUGAACAGCUCAGACUUUGCAGAGGUUUAAUCCGUAGACUGCAGUUGAAGUUGGCCCAUCACGGCGUCAAGCUCUCCAUACCUGGACUACAGGGGGAGUCGGACGGACCAGUGCCCAGCCACGAGCACACAGAGCCCAGCCUGGUGAGGCUGCUAGCCCUGCUGUGUGGCCUGGAGCUGAAUGGUAACCUGAACUCUGAGCUGCAGCAGUUGGUGGAGAAGGAACAGUCUUGUCUGCUGCAGGACAGUCUGCUGCUGGGGCUGCUGGACAACCAGGCACUCAGACACUGUGUGGACAUCUGUAUGGAAAACAGCACACCAGGCAAAAUCAAAGUCUUGGAGGCGUUCUCCAACAAGGGUCAGGUCUUCUCUCGUGUUGUGCCACUCCUCAACAUCCAGCCCACCUUACAUGUGGAUUACACUGCCACAGAUGCAGACCUGGAUCUUCUGACUCCCCACCAAGCCUCUUUGGAUGAACUGGGGAUCAGUUCUUCUCAGUGGGAUCCCCUCAAUGGCCCAGCUCCUGGAGUAAUAGCAGGAAAAGCAGAUCUAGUGGUGUGUAAUCACGCCUGGGGUCCAAUGACAGAAGACGCUGAAGUACUGGUGAGAAAUCUGUCUUCUGGAGCCAAACAGGGAGGUUUCCUUCUCCUACACACGCUGCUGAAAGGAGAGACUCUAGGUGAGACGUUGUCCUUCAUCUGCAGCUCGACCCUAAAUGGCCAGAAAGGACUGCUCACACAGGUGGAGUGGGAAAAGGUUUUCUCUGACCUCUCCCUGAAGGUGGUGGCAAUCAGGAAGUCCUUUUAUGGCUCCGUCCUCUUCCUCUGUCGCAGCCGGUCUUCAGAAAAACAGCCUACUUUCCUCUCUGUGGACGACAAAGACUACAACUGGGUGGAAACGCUCAAGGGCAUGACCCAGGAGUCUUCAGACUCCCCUGUGUGGUUGACUGCUUCACAGGCCAACUGUGGCAUUGUGGGAAUGGUAAACUGUCUACGGCAGGAGCCUGGUGGACAUGUAUUACGUUGUGCGUUUGUGUCCAAUCUGGACGAGUCAUCCAAAUCACCGAGUCUCCAGCCAAAUCAUAAAGACUUGCGGUUGGUGCUAGAAAAGGAUCUGGUCAUGAAUGUGUUCAGAGACGGACAGUGGGGCGUCUUCAGACACCAGCUUAUUGCAAAUGAUCAAAAUGAAAAGUUGACAGAGCAGGCCUACGUCAACGUGUUGACCCUGGGCGACCUGUCCUCCCUCCGAUGGAUCACCUCCCCGCGCUCUCAGUCCACAGCCAACAAUUCCAAAGAGCUGCAGUGUUCUGUGUACUACAGCUCGCUCAACUUCAGAGACAUAAUGCUCGCAACUGGCAAAUUACCACCAGAUGCUAUUCCAGGUGAUAUGGCUCUCCAGCACUGCUUGCUUGGAAUGGAGUUCUCUGGUCGUGACCCUAGUGGCCGACGUGUGAUGGGGCUGCUACCUGCCAGAGGUCUUGCGACAAGUGUUGACGCCGACAAACACUUCCUCUGGAACAUUCCCUCGAGUUGGACUCUGGAGCAGGCCGCCUCAGUGCCCGUGGUCUACGCCACAGCCUACUACUCACUCGUGGUUCGCGGCCGACUCCGUCAUGGGGAGAGUGUUCUUAUUCACUCAGGCUCAGGGGGCGUCGGCCAGGCCGCCAUCGCAAUAGCACUCAGCAAGAAAUGCAAGGUCUUCACCACAGUCGGCUCGGCAGAAAAGCAAGCCUACCUGCAGGAGAGGUUCCCUCAACUCUCACCUGAGAGUUUUGCGAACUCCAGAGACACUUCUUUUGAACAGCACAUACUGCACCACACACAGGGCAAAGGUGUGAAUGUGGUGCUGAAUUCUCUGGCCGAGGAGAAGUUACAGGCCAGCGUUCGAUGCCUGGCGAGACACGGGAGAUUCCUUGAGAUCGGCAAAUAUGAUUUGUCCAAAAACUCUCCCCUGGGAAUGGCUCUUUUCCUGAAGAACGUAGCGUUCCAUGGGAUCCUGUUGGAUGCUCUCUUUGAAGAGGGGAACCAGGAAUGGGAGGAUGUGUCUCAGCUGCUGAAGGAAGGCAUCGAGGAGGGUGUAGUUCAGCCACUAAAGACCACAGUGUUUGGGAGGGACUGUGUGGAGGAGGCCUUUAGAUACAUGGCUCAAGGCAAACACAUUGGAAAAGUUCUCAUUCAAGUCAGAGAUGAAGAAAAAGGUACAGAAGUCCAAGCUGCUUCUUCCUUGUCGAUUCCAGCCAUCUCCAGCACUUUUUGUGUCUCCUUCCACUCUUACAUCAUCACCGGUGGACUGGGUGGUUUUGGUCUAGAGCUCGCACAGUGGCUGAUUGAGAGGGGGGCCCGUAAAUUAGUCCUGACGUCCAGAUCAGGCAUCAGGAAUGGUUACCAGGCCAAACGUGUACGGGAAUGGACCAGUCAGGAUGUAGAGGUGCUGGUGUCGACCACUGAUGUGGCAACGCUGGCUGGAACAGAGAAACUCAUCACUGAGGCCACUGCACUGGGACCAGUUGGAGGGAUCUUCCACCUUGCUAUGGUCUUAAGGGAUAAGAUGUUUCAGAAUCUGACCCCUCAGGACUUUGGAGAUGUCAACAAACCCAAAUAUGACGGCACUGUUAAUUUAGACAAAGUGACAAGAAAGUUGUGUCCAGACCUCAGGUACUUUGUGGUCUUCUCCUCGGUCAGCUGUGGGCGCGGCAACAUGGGUCAAAGCAACUACGGGUUUGCCAACUCUACAAUGGAACGUGUGUGUGAAAAGCGACACCACGAUGGCUUCCCUGGACUGGCGAUUCAAUGGGGUGCCAUCGGUGAUGUUGGUGUGGUGCUGGAAACUCUGGGUGACAAUGAGACGGUGAUUGGCGGCACACUUCCGCAGCGGAUCGGCUCCUGCAUGAGCGUUCUUGACCGCUUCCUCUGUCAGAAGCAUCCAGUGAUGUCCAGUUUUGUUCUCGCCGAGAGGGUGGUGGUGAAAAGUGAGGCAGGGAACCAGAAGGACCUGGUGGCUGCUGUAGCCCACAUUCUUGGUGUACGUGAUGUGAACAGCCUGAAUCCUGACGCCUCACUGGGUGACCUGGGCCUGGACUCCCUGAUGGGUGUAGAGGUCCGACAGACUCUGGAGCGCGACUACGACAUCGUCAUGGCAAUGAGGGAGAUCCGCCAGCUCACUGUCAACAAGCUGAGAGAGUUGGCCAAUCAGAAACCAGGAGGAGAAUCUGCUCAAGCCAAACCUAAGAAAGACCCAGUUCAAUCCUUGUUGGACUCUGAUCUGACCCAGCUUCUGGUAAAUCCUGAUGGUCCCAAUGUGACACCACUAAACCAGAUUCAGAGCCAAGAGAGACCACUGUUCCUGGUCCAUCCUAUAGAGGGCUCCAUUACCGCCUUUAAGAGCCUCACUUCCAAGCUGACUGUCCCUUGUUAUGGUUUACAGUGUACAAAAGCUGCUCCUCUGGACAGCAUCCAGUCUCUGGCAGCCCACUAUGUGAGCUGUGUGAGGCAGCUCCAGCCAGAAGGGCCGUACCGGGUCGCUGGCUAUUCCUUCGGUGCCUGUGUGGCUUUUGAAAUGUGCUGCCAGCUGCAGACCCUGAACCAGACAGUGGAGUUUCUGCUUCUGUUGGACGGCUCACACUCCUACGUGGCAGCAUACACACAGAGCUACAGAGCUAAACUGACUCCUGGGAAAGAUUCUGAAGCAGAAACUGAGGCUCUGUGUGCCUUUGUCCAGCAGUUCACUGGCAUGGAGUACAGCAAGCUUCUGGAGACUCUUCUGCCUCAGUCUGACCUGGAGUCUCGUGUCAAGGUGGCGGUGGACUUGAUCAAGUCCACUCACAAGAACAUCGACCAGGAAAUGCUGCACUUUGCAGCCACAUCCUUCUACUACAAACUGAAGGCAGCUGAUGUGUAUGUGCCUUCGACAAAGUACCAGGGAAACAUAACACUACUGAGAGCAAAGCUCAACAGUGAAUACGAGCAGAACCUGGGAGCUGACUACAAACUUAGUGAGGUCUGUGACGGCAGAGUAUCGGUCCACGUCAUUGACGGAGAUCAUCGCUCCUUCCUGGAAGGUGACGGCUUGAACUCCAUCAGCAGGAUUAUCCACAGCUCGUUGGUCGGACCUUCGACCAGAGAGGUGUAGUUGAAGAUUGACUCUGCUUCAGUUUAAAAAAAAAAACAAAACAAAAACAAAAAAACAUGACAUUCCUGUAAAAGACUGUUCUGUUUACACCUCACAGAUUUCACUUGUAGAAUAAUGCUAAUAAAACAAAGCUGCUGACACUGCAUGCUAACACCGUGUGCUGUAGUGUUCCUGAUGCACCUUAUUCACAUGGGUGAUGGUGAGGUUAGGAACUCCAGAACUGUUUGUCUAUUUUAGUGCAGCUUUAAAGCAAACAACACUCACACGUUAAUCUAGAUGUCAGAGAGAAUUCAGCUUGCUGCCAAGUCCCACUUAGAUUAGUGUCUGGUUGUAAGAUUAAAAAAAGACUUAAAAUACAUUUUGUAGACAAUAAAUCUGAUGUUUACUGAAAACGUGUUGCUGGUAUGCUGUAUAGAGACAAGCUAAUGUAAAGAACAGGUUUAGUACAUGAAUGUCUCUCUAAAAUAUGGAUCCUAUCUCAUGAAGGCACCAUGCUGCAUGUGGGCUGAAUUGUUCUGAACAGCAUCACUGGGGUCAACUCUGUCUCAGGAUCUUGGUUGAAAAAGGUGUUUCCUUCUAGGACCGAACUGUCACUGACUCCUACAAUCUGAGCGGCUUUUCUUUAACAAGUGAGCAGCAGUCAUGUCUCAUACAUCAAUGGUCAGCCUGACGUCUGAGGCUUGAGACUUUAGUCUAUGAAGGAUCAGGGCACUGAAGGCUAAUGUGGACGACUGUCUGGUGAAAAGGAGAAGGAAGUGACAGUAAAUGGUAUAAUCUAUCUGUGUUGUGUUGAAAUAUUAACAAUAUGUAUUUUUUACAUCUAAUAAAUGUAUCUCACUGAA